UUGGAAAGGCCUGACUGGACCGUGGCUGAAAGCUUCUCGAGCAGGUAGCGGCGCGUUCUACCUAUGCGACAGGGCAUCUUCAUCAAUGUCAGAUAGACUCUUGUGUUGCUGCGUUUCUUUGAGUUUCAUUUAUAUCUCAUCAUAAUCAGCUUUCAGCUUAUUUUUCGCAUUCUUCCAUAAACAUCGCCUACGCCAACCACUUCUCAUCCGUUUCGCACAUCACAGAGCUUAGGUAGCGUGCGGCUAUCUUCACCAAUCGCACUGAUACUCUAGGGAGAUUGAGCCAUCAUGGCCUACGAGCCGCGUGGGGACCAUGGCGGGUCCGGUCCUUCACAUGAAGGCGGUUUCGUGAGGGCCAGAGGUCGCCGCCCUGUGACUGACUAUGGCUCCACCAUGUCGCAAUGGAUACAAGAUCGCCAGACGCGCUUUGAAAGCUCCUUCAGCGGUGAGCUGGAGCGCCCUAGCGCGAGUUAUGUCACUGAUAUGCUCCCGCCGUUAGCUAGGGUAACAGAUCCCGCUGACACUGUUCCUACCAAACAUCUACAUUCUUCGCUUAACAAAAUAAAGCAUCCAGUGAAUGUCGUCCGAUGGACGCCAGAUGGCAGAAGGUUAUUAACAGCUUCGAGCAGUGGCGAGUUCACUCUCUGGAAUGGCACUGGCUUCAACUUUGAGACCAUCAUGCAAGCUCAUGAUGUUGCUAUCCGUGCCCUGGCUUAUUCUCAUAGCAGUGAUUGGCUUUUAUCAGCUGAUCAUGAUGGCAUUAUCAAAUAUUGGCAACCCAACUUCAAUAACGUUAAGGCUAUACAAGGUCACCGUGACCCUGUCCGAGAUAUUGCCUUUGGUCCCAACGACUCUAAAUUUGUCACUGCCUCGGAUGACUCGACGCUCAAGAUCUUUGACUUCGCUGGGGGAGUAGCUGAGUCGACACUCCAAGGUCACGGUUGGGAUGCCAAAAGCUGCGAUUGGCAUCCGACAAAAGGAUUGAUUGUAUCCGGAUCGAAAGAUCACCUGGUAAAACUAUGGGACCCACGGACACAACGCUGUCUUACCACCCUCCAUGGCCACAAGAAUAAUAUCACUAAAACACUAUUUGAACGGGUGAUGGGUAAUUGUCUGGCAACAUCGGCACGUGAUCAGACUGCUAGGGUAUUCGACAUACGGAUGAUGCGAGAUAUAUGUCUGAUUAAGGGGCAUGAGAAGGAUAUCUCAACAUUGGUCUGGCAUCCGAUACAUUCAAAUCUUCUUAGUACAGGUGGCAACGAAGGUUCUCUACACCAUUACCUCCUGGAUGAGCCAAACACGCCAGCUGGCCAGCCGAACCAUCCGGCCGUAUACGAAAGCUCAGAUCCAUCGGCAGCGCCGGCUCAGAGCAUAUUUCCAGCCCAUAAAAUCCCCUUUGCACAUGACUUUGCAAUCUGGUCUCUUGAUUGGCACCCGAAUGGCCAUAUCCUAGCGUCAGGGUCGAACGACCGUAUAACACGAUUCUGGUCUCGAGACCGACCUGGAGAUACGGACGUGUUCCAAGAUAGAUAUCACAUUGGUGAGGCGGCCGCUGAAGUUCAAGGAACGUGGGAUCGACGAGGUGGCCGUCGCCAACGACAAGAAGAAGAGGAACAGGAAGCUGAAGAUGAAAUGGAAGGCUUGGUUGACCAAAAGAUGCCACUUCGACAGUCGGUUCCUGCUUUCCCCGGUCUCCCCGGCCUCACGUUGCCAGCGAACGGUGUCCCGCCGCCGCCUCUGCAAAUCCCUGGUGUUGGUGGCAUGUCCACUGCAACAGUACCGCCACCCUUGCCUUUCGCCCUCCCAGGUCCUAAUGGCGGCGCUCCGCCUCCUCCACCGCUGCCUGGCCUGGAUCCCAGUAACCCAGCCGACCUUGCCAAGAUUGCAGAGCUGAUUCAGAAAUCAGGGUUUCCUCCUCCCCCACUUCCUAAUAUGGUUCCGCCACCAGGCUUCAUGCCACCGCCCAACUUCGCGGUACCGCCUGGUUUCCCACCUCCGCCCCAAGUGCCUAGCCCUGCUGACCUCGCUAACGAGGCUGCCCGUAGAGGAAGGGCGCCUUUACCCAGUCAGGAAGAAAGUCUACGAAUGGAACAGAAAAAGGGGAACUAUACGCGCGUAAGGUAAGAUUCACGGGAUAGAAAGAGACCGCGGUGUACCAAGCACAAAUGACGAAGUCGAGUUUGAAAGUCCCUCGUUCAAAUAGUGUGGGGGAUUGCACGACAUUGUCUAUCUUGUAUGGGAUACUGAGCAAAGCGUAAAUAGCAGGGAAAAGCACGGGGCAUAACAGUUGUACUAUUAGUUAGAAAACAUGCUGGAAAGUAGUUGUUGUAGUAUCCAGAUACCCAAGGUCGUUUUUUUCUAUACGAUCAAAAGGCGUUGGGAGGAGUAGGGCAUUGCGCAUAAUAACAAGUAUUUAU